AUGGCGAAGAAGAGCAAGGCCACUGGAAAGAGCGCAAAAGUCGUCGCGGCCAAUGAAAUCCACGAGGAGAGACAGAGACAAUACACAAAAGCAGCAGAGGUAUUGGCAGCAGUAAAAGACAAGCAGGUCAAGUCGGAGCUGUACGCCAAAAUAUUGGAAGCACUCAGUCUCAAGGACGUACCCACGAGUUCAGCCGGCGGGAAAAAUAGCAGGAAAAGCGCCCCGAUGAGCUCGAGCACACCCGAAGUUGCUCAUACUCCACCCUUUCAAGACGACGGUUCGGUGAACAUGCCAGUACUGGAACCGGUAGUGCCAGGCCUCGAUGCACUCGGUACCGCCGAAGGAUAUGAGUUCGUAUUUCCAACGACCAGUGGAGAAGACACAGGCCGCGAUGGCAUUGUCCACCAACACGCAACGCCUCGAGAAUCUUCUAGCGAAGAAUGCAGCGACAAUGGCGAUGUCGUGAGCGUCGCCAUUUCGGUCGAUAGCAGGGAAACCACAGUGCCGUCCACCGUUCGCAGCUUCUUUGUGAUGUCCAAGAGAGAUUGUUGGGCCAGCAAGCGUCAGGCUGUCAUUGAUAAAGGUGGUAGACCAAGGGUGGAUCCGAUUAAUGUACUGCAAGCUGCCUGUCAGCUCGUUGGUCCAGACAUGUGGGUGGAGAGUGUGAAGACGGUAAAGGGUAGGCAAGUACCGCUCCUCGGGGAUGGGAAGGGAGAAACAGCCGCGGUCGACGCCAAAGCGGUCUACAAGGAACUGUUGGUGGGCGAAUACAUGUGCACCGUAACGCCCGAUCAAUGUGUUGGAACAGAGGUGGACAGCAUGUGGAGAUAUGGACUGGAAGGUGGCGUGCUACAAUAG